AUGGCUGCCAGCGUGCAUCCCGGCACGGACCCGACGGCGGUGUCACUGUCGGUUCCAGGCCAAGUGGUCCGACUGCGCCGUGCUGUCUAUGUGCACGUGUCGGAUCUGACAAGUGCCUAUGACAUUGAUCAUCAAAAGCUGGAACAAGAAUUGUCUCGAGUGCGCAAACAACAAGACCCAAAUGAUCCUGCCGAAGCCGCCGCAGUGGCUGCCGCUGCCGUGAGCAAUCCAGAUAUGGAGGCUUCCUAUCCUCAGAAGCGCCUGCAGCCUCCUCGCGGUGGAUACAAUCUCUGUGUGCUGGUGGGAAAAGUCAAUGUGGUGGUGGACAAGAAGCGUGUGGAUGGAUCCAGGGUACGACUGGCCGAAGUGGAAGUGGGAGAUGAAACAGGGGUUGUGUCACUGAGAGCCAGAGACGAUCAGAUUGAUGUGCUGCAAGAAGUCUCGGCGAGAUCUGGAGCUGUUGUGCUGCGCAAUAGUAUGCUGGAACUCUAUCAAGGCAAACACAUUCGACUGGCCGUCACCAAAUGGGGAAAGCUCAACACGUACCCGGACCAAGUCGCCAGUACUCCCCCACCACCUUCCAAAAUCAACUAUGAGCGAAACUUUAGUCAAAUUGAUCUCAGCUUGGUGGCCAGUGAAACGGCCGUGCAAGCUUUUACCGGAAAUUCACCACCGUCAAGUCUAGGAGGAGGACCCAACCAACCAGCCCCUGCUAACAAACAUUCCAACACCAACCAAUCCACACGUGCUGCUUCCACGGGACCUAGUUCUCAGCCGUAUCAUCAUCCAAUGGGAGCAGGGAAGCGAGGUGGUGGUGGACGAGGAUCGGGGGGACCAAGCGGAGGAGGAUCCAAUACACGACAAUUGCGUGGAAGUAGGGGUUCCGGAAUGCAGCAGCCCUCACAGCUACAAAUGCAGCAGCAAACACAACUACAAAUGCAGCAAACACAGCAAGCGAAGCAACAACCGGCACUUCACCCUCAUGCCACCACGGCCGGUCCAGGAAUCCAUUAUGGAGAACCUGCUAGAGCAUACUCGAUGCAUAGCUGGCCGAUGGAAACCGAAGUCCCACCCCAAGCUUAUCCGUAUCCGACGGAAGGCGCAACCCUUUCGGCAGCUACCGCGCAACAACUUCUCUUGAGGCAACAGUAUGAAAUGCAACAGAGACAACUUCAUCAAAUGUACCAACAACGACAAGUCGCAGCUGCAGUGGCCGCUACUCCCUCUCCUCCGGAUCAUCUCCAGCAGCAUCAUCCCCAUCAUCAUCAUCACAUCUCCCGAUCCGGAAGCUUUGACACACAACCAAUGCUAUCGGCAAGUCCACUGCUCAUGCCCAUGGCAGGACUGGCGCCGCCUCCCAUUUCCAUGCAUCCGCUACCGCAUCCAAUGGAUGGAGGUGGUGAUCAAAGGCUGUCCGCACAACAGCAACAACAAAACAGAGGACCAAGCGGCGGAAACAACAGCCAUCACAACAACAUGUCAGAGGACCCCAUGUCACCCAAUAAGAUGAAUCCACAAGCAGCUACGUUUGCUCCGGGUGCCACGUAUGGAGCAUACCCAGCUCUUCCCCAGACAACGCAUCAUCAUCAUCAUCACCAUGCACCCGCUUCCAGCUCCAUGCCAAUGACCUACGCGGCGGCAGCGUAUGAUCAUUCCGCAGAAGGCUCGGGAGGAAACUCUCCUCACGGAUCUCAUCAAAGACAGCAGCAACAACAGCAGCAACAACAGCAGCAACAACAACAGCGACCCAGACACCAUUACCAUCACGGGCAUUCACAUCACCAACACAAUCCCCAAGGACAAUCACCCAACAGUAGAUAUUCCAAUCAACAACAACAACAGCAGCAGCAACAUCAUCAUCGCUAA